AUGGGAGGCUCCGAGCCUGUGUUUGAGAAGACAGGGCAGGGGGAGAUCGAGUUUAUCCCAGCCCUGAAUGGGAAAACUCGUUCCAAAUCAAUAAUACCGCUUCCGCCGGCGUUGGAAAGAGAAUUGCAAAGUCUCGAGGAGGCAUUUACCAUCACUACCGGCAUGCUCAAGGAGAUAGUCGGUCGAUUCGAGAAGGAGCUCGCCGAGGGGUUAGAGAAGGAUUCCCAAAAUAUUGCUAUGUAUCCGACGUGGGUGUUUGGCUUCCCGACAGGUCGUGAGAACGGGCAGUAUCUCACCAUAGACCUCGGAGGGACCAACUUGCGCGUAUGUUGGAUCACGCUCAAAGGCCAUGAUCAAGAGACAGAUGUCUUGCAGGACACCUACAAGGUGCCGGAUGACAUCAAAACAGGCUCCGCAGAUGAGCUCUGGGGUUUGAUCACGGAUUCUUUGGAGGAUUUCCUUGACAAGCACGAAUUGCAAGGCACUGAGGACUACCCACUACCGCUGGGUUUCACAUUCUCAUAUCCAAUACAUCAAGAUUACAUCGACAGAGGAAGACUUGUGACCUGGACGAAAGGAUUCGAAAUCAAGGGCGUCGAGCAGGAGGACGUGGUCAUCCAGCUCGGCGAGGCAUUGUCGAGGCGGGAAUUACCUGUCAGGAUCAUCGCUCUGAUCAACGACACGGUUGGAGCGAUGAUCGCCUCGGCGUAUAAGGAUCCUGAAACCAUCAUUGGUGCAAUUUUUGGGACCGGAUGCAAUGCAGCGUACAUGGAAGAUGUUGGCUCUAUACCAAAGAUAAGCGGCUCUGGGCUGGCACCCGAGCUUCCGCUUGCCAUCAACUGCGAGUACGGCGCGUUCGACAACUCACACCGCGUCUUGCCAAGGACGAAAUAUGACAUCGAAAUCGACGAGGAGUCUGCCAAGCCCGGCGAGCAGGCCUUCGAGAAGAUGAGCGCUGGCUUGUACCUUGGAGAGCUUUUCCGUCUCGUCAUACUAGACCUCUACGAGCGAGGGAUCCUGUUUGAGGGCCGCGACAUCCCAAAGUUGAAGGAGACUUACUGUAUGGAUACGGGAUUCCUCGCCUGCCUCGAGAACGACCCUUUCGAGGCUCGUCAGGCCCGCUACAAGGAGACUUUAGGCUUCGAGCCCGCACCGGCAGAGGUCGAGUUCUCACGGCUGCUUGCGGAGGUCAUUGCAUUUAAGGCUAGAUGGAGCGAAGCGCUGGGCGAAAUCCUCGACUGGCCGGCGGGCCGGGAGAGCGAUCCAAUCACCAUCACAAGCGCGGAAGAUGGCAGCGGAAUUGGCGCCGCAAUUAUCACGUCGAUGACAAUGGCUAAGAUCCGCGCCGGGGACCUGAAGGGGGUGCGGGACGGCGGUCAGUAUAUUGGAAAGCAAUGA